AUGGCAGUUGGUACUGGCAAGGUCAAUGCGUUGAUCCCUCCGAAUAUGGGAUGGCGGAAGAUUACGACGGUGGAGUCUAGAGCAUGCGCAUUCGGGUUCGGUCCUCAUCUCUCACUUCUCUCUCUCCCUUCCCCGUCUCCCCUCCGCUUCCCACUCCCUUGCCGCCGCCGCCUGUUUUCGCGUCCCCAUCUCCCCUCCGCUUGCCACUACCCUGCAGGCGCCGCCGCCGCCGCGUCCUCCUCCCCUCCCGCAACACAUCUUCCCCUUCUCGCGUCCCGUCUCGCCGUCACCCCUCUGCCUCCUCCCCUUCCGCCACACAUCCGCCCCGCCCGUUGGAACACGCGGCUGCGUCAGGAGUACCUCUACCGGAAGAGCCUCAAGGGGAAGGAGUGUCAGCACUACGAGAAGAGGUGCCGCAUCCAGGAGGUGCUCGGGAAGGGCAAGCCUAUCCCCACCAAGCUUCGCAACGAGGGGCUCGCCCUCCGCCGCAAGAUCGACCUCGGCGACCAAGACCGUGCAGUGCCGAGGAGUAUCAUAGAUGAUAAGUACGCCGGUGCCACGCUGCGCGAGCCCAUGAUUCUCUUGACCACAUCCCGUAACCCUGGUGCUCCCCUGACUCAGUUUUUUAAGGUUGUGUUUAUGCUGUGAAUUAGAAGGUGUUUUGAUAGAUUAAAAUGGUGCAUCUCGUGCUUACUGACCAAGUAAAUUUGAAGUGCGUGAAUAGGUUAGAAUUGAGAGGAUGGAUAGAACUAGAUGUGUCCUAGGUAUCUGCACAGUAGUUUUUGUUGCCUUCUUAGCUUGUUGGGUACCUACUUUUUUCUGUCAAGGAGUACCGAUUUGGCCUGAGGUUGUGUCCUUUCUCAAUGAAGGUUUUGUUCCUAUCCAGUACUAGGAGACGA